AUGAAUAUCUUUAGAUUUGCUGGUGAUAUGACUCACUUGAUCAGUAUUUUAAUCCUUCUUCUCAAAAUCUACGCGACGAAAUCUUGCGCGGGAAUCUCUCUCAAGACUCAAGAGCUGUAUGCGCUUGUGUUCUUGACUCGGUACUUGGAUCUGUUCACGGAUUAUGUGUCUCUGUACAACAGCGUGAUGAAGAUUGUCUUCAUUGCUAGCUCUUUGGCAAUCGUUUGGUGUAUGCGUAGGCAUCCGCUUGUGCGUAGGUCAUACGAUAAGGACCUGGACACAUUUCGCCAUCAAUAUGUUGUGUUAGCAUGUUUUGUUUUGGCACUCGUCCUGCAUGAAAGAUUCACAUUUCAAGAGGUGUUCUGGGCUUUUUCCAUUUACUUGGAGGCAGUUGCUAUCCUUCCCCAGUUGGUUCUGCUACAGAGAAGUGGGAAUGUGGACAAUUUGACAGGGCAAUAUGUUCUCUUUCUCGGGGCGUAUCGUGGAUUGUAUAUUAUCAACUGGAUCUAUCGCUAUUUUACAGAAGAUCAUUUCGCUCGAUGGAUUGCUUGCGUCUCCGGUCUUAUCCAAACAGCUCUGUACGCAGAUUUCUUCUACUACUACUACUUGAGUAGAAUAAAACAAGACACAAUCAUGAGACUGUUGAAAUGCAUAUAUGGAGAUUCAAGUUAUGACAAUGAACCUUACCGCAAGAAGCUAUCACUUGAUGCUGUGGAUGUCAAACCAUAUAUCUUAUGCUUCCAGAACACUUCCCAACAAUUUUCCUGCAUUGGACUUUCAUUUCACUCACCAGAACCACAUGCAUUCCAAGUUUUUGGAGCAGCAUCAUCCAUGAAAUAUCUAAUGCUCGUACGGUUAAGGAUGGCCACAGCAUUGGAGUUCUUGUUCGAUGCGGUCAAGAAAGACUUACUCACUGUCCCUGACAAAACACUUCCCCCAAGAGCAACCACUUGUGCUCAUGGGAUCUCCACUUGA